UCGCAGUCUCGUUUUCUGCGCAUAAUCUUGUUCUUGUCCUGCUCAUUGCCCAAACACCAGGCGCGCGCCCCUUGAAUCCUCGGUCGCGCAAUCAGCCUUUCAUCCCAUCACACCAAUCUCACAUACUCCACCAAACAUCAUGUCUUACGGCGGCGGCGGCGGCUACGGCGGCGGUCACGGUGGUGGUGGUCGCGGAGGCGGCUACGGCGGUUCCAACGACAGAUACGGUGGCGGCGGUGGUCGCAACGACUACGGUGGCUCCAACGGCUACAGCGGCGGCGGCGGCGGCUACGGUGGUGGUGGUGGUGGCUACGGCGGUGGCGGUGGUGACCGCAUGUCCAAGCUCGGUGCUGGACUUCAAACCCAGACCUGGGAUCUGAGCACCCUUCCCAAGUUCGAGAAGUCCUUCUACAAGGAGGCUGAGUCGGUUGCCAACCGUCCCCAGAGCGAAGUCGACCGUUUCCGUCGCGACCACCAGAUGGCUGUUACUGGUACCGAUAUUCCUAAGCCUGUCGAGACCUUCGACGAGGCUGGUUUCCCCCGUUAUGUCAUGGACGAGGUCAAGGCUCAGGGCUUCCCUGCCCCCACCGCCAUUCAGUCCCAGGGCUGGCCCAUGGCUCUCUCCGGUCGCGAUGUUGUCGGUAUUGCCGAGACUGGUUCCGGAAAGACCCUCACCUACUGUUUGCCCGCCAUUGUCCACAUCAACGCCCAACCUCUGCUGGCUCCUGGUGAUGGCCCCAUCGUCCUCGUCCUUGCCCCGACCCGUGAGCUUGCUGUCCAGAUCCAGCAGGAGAUCACCAAGUUCGGCAAGUCCUCCAGAAUCCGCAACACUUGCGUCUACGGUGGUGUUCCCCGUGGACCCCAGAUCCGUGACCUGUCGCGUGGUGUCGAAGUCUGCAUUGCAACCCCCGGCCGUCUCAUCGACAUGCUCGAGGGUGGCAAGACUAACCUGCGUCGUGUCACCUACCUCGUCCUUGAUGAGGCUGAUCGCAUGCUUGACAUGGGUUUCGAGCCGCAGAUCCGCAAGAUCAUCAGCCAGAUUCGCCCCGACCGUCAGACCCUCAUGUACUCUGCUACAUGGCCCAAGGAAGUCCGUGCGCUCGCGGCCGAGUUCCAGACAGACUUUAUCCAGGUCAACAUUGGUUCGCUGGAUCUGUCUGCCAACCAUCGCAUUACACAGAUUGUUGAGGUCGUGUCUGAGAGUGAAAAGCGUGACCGCAUGAUCAAGCACCUGGAAAAGGUCAUGGAGGAUCACUCCAACAAGUGCCUCAUCUUCGUUGGUACCAAACGUGUUGCUGAUGAUAUCACACGCUUCCUUCGCCAAGACGGCUGGCCCGCACUUUCUAUCCACGGCGACAAGCAGCAGAACGAGCGUGACUGGGUCCUCGACCAGUUCAAGACUGGCAAGAGUCCCGUCAUGGUUGCUACCGAUGUAGCUUCGCGUGGUAUUGGUAUGAAUAAAACUACCCCCUCCUCCCCUCCCCGCCCCCUUUCCUGCUCUCUCUUUUCUCGUAGCAAGCUCUUCAGCGGUCUUGAGUCCGCUUUUGCUGUCUUCUGACGUCUAGGGGCUCUCUCGAUUGCGCACAUGCAUGUCCUAUUUGAUUGUGUCUUGUGGUUCUCCAUUCCAACCCUGGAUUGUCGGGAUUUCUGGCAU